GGUACAUAUAAUUUCCUGCCCGGUCUCGAGAAGUGUGCCAGAAAGAUGUUGCCCAAUCUGAAGUCACGCCGUGUAAGCGGCCUACAGCUGGCCGGAAAGCAUUUGGGUCCAGUGGCCAAGUGCCCGCCGAGAUAUUCCGAGGAAGACUGGGAUUACAACAACAAGAUUAAGUUUCGGAUCACCUGCGACCAGGAGAAACUGGCGGAACGGAUCGUGGAGGAGUCCCGUCGCGUCGUUGAUGAAACGAAGGACACUACCAAGAACUGGCAAAGAGAGGUUGAGCAUCAUAUGCGCGAGAGGACCAGUGAAAUCCGUUUCCUGGUUGACGAGUUGAAUCGUCAAAAAAAGACCGCCGCCCUGGAGGACGAAGCCUUGAACACCUAUCGCAAUCGGGUGCUGAACUGCAUUGAGUUUCUGAAGGAUAAGUCCUUGGCCAUUUGCAAGCAGUGUCUGAUCCUUCGUGAGGGCAGGAUCGGGGUUGACCUCUGCGAUGAUGAGGUGGACCGCUCCCUGCGCCGUGAACUGAAGGUAAUCAAAGGUUGUCAGGGAUUGGCCGAUGCUGCCCUUAAGGAGGCUGAAGAGCAAAUCCGUAAGCUCCGCGCCGCCAUAUAUCUUUUGGAUCAGGAUCUGGCUGCAAAGGAUAAAUCGUUGGCCAUUGACGAGAAGAAUUUGAAACUUAAGGAGUUCCAGCAUGACUUAGCUAAAGGGCAGGACUUGUCCAAACAGCAUUGCCAAUUUUCUCUGACCGAGUGGCAGGCGCAGACGUACGAGAAUCUGGAGGCCAACGCCAAGGCUUUGGUGUCCGCCGGUCAACUUCGGGCUUACAUUGAUCUGCUGUUGAAGCAGGUUUGCGAGGAUAUGCAGAACCAGACGGACAGGACCAACGAGGCCUUCGAGCGAAGGAUCGCGGAGACGAAGCACGUAAAGCAGUGCUUGGAGAACAAGCACAAAGACACCAUGGAUCACAUCCAUCAGGUGCAACGCAAUAUGACCGAGCUGGAAAAGGAGAUGAUGGACAAGCAGAGGGCGAUUACCCUGUGCCAGACGAGGCUCAGCAAUCGUGCCCACCGUCCUGGUUUGGAGCUGACCUGCGAUAUGGUUCAGGAUGCACUCUACAACGAACUACAGGCCCUAAAAGCUUCCGUCUGUAAGCUAAACCAGAAGCUUAACGAGAACAAGGCAUCCAUGCGGUACCUGAUGCAUGUCCAGGUGAUGCAGGAGGAGGAGAUCAAUAUUAAGGCGAACACCUGCAAAAUCGAUGAGGUCGACUGCAUGACUCUGCGACAAGCCCUGAAAUAUCAAACCUUUUAGUCGGGCAGCAAUACUUCCAGUACCGCACACCCAGUAGUCGCCACCAGCCACCAUUAAUCAAAUUAGAUGCAUGUGCAUUUCGUGUUCGAUCCCAAAUUACUUAAUAAAUUGAAAUUCACUUUCGAUUUCCAGUUAC